GCGCCCCCCAGUGACAGAAAACUAAAAUGGCCGCCGUUGAACGGCGGAGCGACACAGCGCGGCAGGCAGCCCGCCACUCGCGAUAACUCGCGUUGGUGCAGCAGCUGGGCGGAAAAGGCGGGAGAAGACUGCCGCUUCCGCGUACGCGCAGCAGCACGGGCAGACACAACAGUAGGGCAAAAUGGACGAUAAGUUAAUAUUGGCUGUAUUUAAUUAUCCAGAGCUGUACAAUGUCACUUUGCCGAAUUACCGCUGCACAGAAAGUCGGGCAAAUGCUUGGAGAAGCAUCAGUGUCGUCCUGGGUCUCCCAUCUGAAGAAUGUAAAAGAAAAUGGAAGAACAUGAGAGACAGGUACUUGAAGGAAGUACGGCUGGAGAUCAAAAGCAAGAAGCAAGGAGAGCUCAUCCAGAGUAAAUGGAAAUACAGACAACUUAUGAAUUUUAUUGCACCCUUCACUGGAUCGAGAAGCGGAGUUGCAGACAUCUGCAGCAACAACAAUGAUGACCACGACAAUCCUGACAACGAAUCUGGCAGCACGGAGGCAGAAAAUGUAUCAGAGACUGUCAAGACACCACAGUCCAUGGUGAAGGUCCCUGUGAGCCAGUCUGACCUCAAGCCCCAGGUAGCCUUUGUGACGCAGCUCCCUUCAGUGUCUCAGGAUGCGCAGAUGGCCCAGCUGGCUGUUCUGGCCAAGAUGCCAUCAAGCUCACAGAUCAGCCCCAGCAGCAAAACUGGACGGAAAAGGCGCCUGAUGCAAGAGUCACUUUCACCCCCUUCUUCUCAGAGGGCACCAUCCCCUACAAAAUGGCUGGUCAAAGACAAUGGCACCUCAUUUCCCAGCAGGCCACGGGAUGAGGACGAACUGUUCCUGCUGAGCUUUGUGCCCGCUCUGAAGCGACUCGCUCCACAAAAGAGGUGCGAGACUAAAAUUAAGAUCCAGCAGAUUAUGUAUGAAGCGGAGUUCAGCGUUGCACAGACAGGAUCUCAAGAAAAACAGAUGGAGUCAGAAAUGCAGGACUAAACCAGGAAAUGCCGACUUUUUUUGUACUUUACUGUUUUCUAAAGACCAAGAUAUCUAUUUUUACAGCUCGAAGUGGAUGAGUUUGAAGAACAUCUUCUUUUUCAUGUGAAAUGACUAACAUGAAGAACAGCCAAUACAUCUCAGUAUUUAACAAAUCAUUGAACUUUUUCACGCCAUCCUGGAUCAGUGUAUUUUGUAUAUUUAUUCGAUGAGACUAACAGCCCCAAUAGAUUUAUUAAUGAAACAACAGACAGAUUAUGGUUAACAUAUUUUUAUUUACAUAGUUUUACUGUCAAUAGAGUGAAUUCACAUUUAGAAAAGUGGUUUCAUGUUAAACCAACCAAUCUUCAUUUUAACUCUGUAAUAAUCUACAGUAUUUUACAUUUAAUUACAGUCAAAGAGAAAGCUGAGCAAAAAUAAUUUGGAGAGGAACACUGUUUCAUAAAUUAACCUUUCAACUGCUUACACAUGCGCCAACACAUUUAUUUUUCCAUCUCAUCUAAAAUAAAGAGACAUUGUUUUGAUUUCA